AUGCGCUAUGCUCCUGAAAACACAUCAGUGUCUGUUUUUCCAUCUAACUCUGUACUGGAGGGCAGUUCAGUGACUUUGAUCUGCAGCAGUGAUGGAAAUCCAGCAGUGUUCAACUACACCUGGUACAGAGAGAAUGGAGGACAGCUGGAGGAGCUGCAGACUGGAUAUAAUCUCACCUUCAAUGUGACUGAUCGUACACACACAGGACUCUACUACUGUCAAGCCAGAAACCAACAUGGCACCCAAAACACAUCAGUGUUGCUGGACAUUCAGUAUGCUCCUGAAAACACAUCCGUGUCUGUGUUUCCAUCUAACUCUGUACUGGAGGGCAGUUCAGUAACUUUGAUCUGCAGCAGUGAUGGAAAUCCAGCAGUGUUCAACUACACCUGGUACAGAGAGAAUGGAGGACAGCUGGAGGAUCAGACUGGAUAUAAUCUCACCUUCAAUGUUACUCAUCGUACACACACAGGACUCUACUACUGUCAAACCAAAAACCAACAUGGCACCCAAAACACAUCAGUGUUGCUGGACAUUCAGUAUGCUCCUGAAAACACAUCAGUGUCUGUGUUUCCAUCUAAUCCUGUACUGGAGGGCAGUUCAGUGACUUUGAUCUGCAGCAGUGAUGGAAAUCCAGCAGUGCUCAACUUCACCUGGUACAGAGAAAAUGGAGAACAGCUGCAGACUGGAUAUAAUCUCACCUUCAAUGUGACUGAUCGUACACACACAGGACGCUACUACUGUCAAACCAGAAACCAGCAUGGUACCCAAAACACAUCAGUGUUGCUGGACAUUCAGUAUGCAGCCAAAAUCUCUCUCUUCAUCUGUAACAGAACUGAUGUAACUGUGUGUUUGUGUGAGGCUCAUGGGAAUCCCUCUCCUAAAGUGGACUGGUUUCUAUCUGGACGUCCUGUCAGUAACUCUACAAACACAUUCAUCAGUGAGGAGCGAUUGAGCAGCACAGACUUGAGGAGCUUCAUUUCUCUCCAUCAGUCACUUACACACACAGACACUCUGCAGUGUGUCAUCAUAAACACUCACAGCAUCGCCAGUCAUCAGAUUCAACUGCUUCACUGUUCUCAUGAGACAAGUUUCAGUCUUUUCUCUGUGCUGAUUGGAGCUGCUAUUGGAGCUUCAGUAAUGAUGAUCUUGUGGGUCAUUCAACAUCUCUGUAAUCGAUCCUUAAAGUCAAGACGAGAAGAUACCACUGGACUUGUUCUGACUGACAGGGAGAACGAAGAACCUGUUUAUGGCAAUAAAACUGACGAAGAAACCUCAAUGAAUUGCCAAGAAUCCCUUCAUUAUUCCUCCAUUGACUUCACAAACACCCAAAUAGAGUCAGAAGAGAUCAGAGGCGUCUCCUCACUUACUGCUGAUUAUGCUGUUCUCCGACAUUAUUCAGGACAAGAGGAAGCAAAGAGCUCUGUGGGAAGCGUUAAACCUCUGGACAACAGCAACAUAUCAACAGUUAAGAUAACAUACAGUAAAGCAAGAGAUCUACAAUUUAACAUCAGUACAGACACUGAGCAAGAUCAGUCAAAGAAAACUGAUUUGCAGUCAGAUGAAGAUAUUUAUGCUGAAGUAAAACGCUGCCACCUAAAGAACUAAACGGUCACUUUCUAAAAUUUGGAAUUUUGUGCCAUUUCACGAGUUCGCCCUUACAUCUAAUCUGAUUGCGAAAGUAAGCAUAUUUUGGCGUGCUGUCCUGGGGGAGGGCUCAGGAUCCGGAGUGAAGCUCGAACUCCGAAUCCAGGGUAUGGCCCGAACCCGGAGAACUCCCCCAUCCCAAACUGGGAUAGAACAGAUUAGAGUGGCGAGUUGGGGUGGUGGAGGGAUAUCCGAAAACAAUCACGAUAGACUGAGGUAGGUAGGAUGUCUGUAUAUGUAGGCUGCGACCUUCUAAGCAUGCGACCUUAAAUAUGAGCACUCGGUCUUUCAAGGUGGCAGCCUCAGAAAUCCGCGAAGAGAACUGAAAUGAGACGGUCUAACCUUCGGACGACCCAUAAUUGGCGUCACCUGCGCCUGUCAGCAGGACAUAGCGGAAACGUUUCUGACUUAUUAAAAUAAAUAUGAAAUCAGAAAAAUAUUAAUUUAGUUUAGAAAAUAUGACACGUUGAUGUAGAUUAAACUAUUUAACAGUAUAUUCAAUUAAAUUAAUCAAACUUAGAAAUAUAUGCAUCAUAAAAAUAAUAAUAAUAUUAACACAAAACAUAACUUAUAAUACUAAAACAGUGACAAACUUUUUUUGAUAAAUACACACUUUUAUUUAAUGAAGGUUUUAAUUGUUUAUUUUAGAAUAUCCAGCUGCCGUUGCAGGCGCGCAAUGAAUCUUGGGAUAUCCUCGGCUGUUAAGGAUCCAUUCGUUCUAUCCUUAACAGCGCGGAGAAAUGAGGACGCAUUUUGAGGCUUCAUUCUAAGCAUCCUUCGAAUUGGGACGGCCUUACCAGCCUGAAGUCGCGCUGCUGUGACGCAAUCGGUCUUAAAAUACGUCCUUAGAAGGUCGCAGCCCCUGAAUUGGGACACAGCUGUAGUGUUUGGCUGAUUACCAAAUUAGAUGCACCUGUGCUUGAUUAGUUAAUUAUCUGAUCGUGCUCCUCCCGAACCUUGUUAAUAAAACAUCAUAACAUUUUAAAUUUUAAACAGUCAUUCCAAAGAUUUAAAAAAAUAUUUCUACAGAGACUAAUUGUGAUUAUUGUGCAAUUAACAUGAUUUUUUGUUUUUCCUUUACAUGUAUUAUUGUGUGUGUAUAAUAUUUUUCGUAGUUGAAUUUAAUUAUUUUCUUUAAUCUAUGAUUGUAGGGAUCCUCAAGCAUAUUAAAAUUAAAAUCAUAAACUUUUGUUAGGUUUGAAAAUAUAUCUACAGGAAUAUGCUGAUGUGAAUAUUAAUAGAUUAAAAACACCCUUGGAUAAAACAACAAUAGCAAUAUUCAAUGAAAACUUUGCAAUGUUUAUUCAUUGUUAACCUUGAUUAUUUUGAGUUAUUUUAUUAUUUUUUAAUUGUUGUUUUGUGUGCUCUAUGAUUGUGUGUGUUGAAUAUAAACAUGAAUAUAAAAUUGAAAUUAACAAGUUUAUUUCCUCAUUAUUUUAACUUUAAUAACUGUACUGGGACCAGUAGAGGGCAGCUUUAUGCAUUCAGUAAGUUGUUUGCUUCCUUGAUGUCACCAACG